CGUACCUCUCUAUGUUACCGCGCAGUUUUUGCUUUUAGGUUAGAUACGGCUCUGCUUUGGGGUUAGAAACGGUUUGUGAUUUCAAAUUUGAUCGAGAACAUCUUGAAUUGGGCCAACAACGAUUUUCAAUCGUCGAAUAUGUGUCUUUGAAUCGUGUCUUUAGCUGAAAUUUCUUUUUUUUUUGUACUUUAUGACGCGUGACGUACACGUGUCAAUAGCGUGAUUUUAUUCAUAACCUAAUGACGUCUAUAAAAACAUUGCCUCUGUCAGAGGGGACGAAAUUGAUUAUCCUUGAUGAAGAGGCGACUGCAAUGCACGCGAGAAAAUUGAUCGCAGGAUGGAUACAGACACUAAAAGAAAGAGAUCCCAGUCGUGUGUUCAGUCUGUUAUUGUUCUCUGAUUCAAAGUCUUCGUACCAAAACGAGCCCAAACCUUUUGCUUCGAGUAACGUAAAUAUCUUUGAUUACUACACGAUCGACGUUGAUAAUAAAUUUGACACAACCGUUGUAAGCGAGAAGGAUCUUCUCAAUCUAAAACAUGUCCUACAAACGAUAAACGCAAAACACACAGUGAUCAUUGAUUGCUUAACGUCCUUGAAUUCGCUUGUAGGCUUGUCAAAGACAAUGUGGUUCUUAGAGAGGUUGAGCAAACAGGUGCUACAAGUGAUUUGCAUUUACAAACGAGACUUUGUACAUAAUAAAAUACCAGGCAUCGAAACAUUGGGAAGUACAUAUGUAAAGAUACAGAAGUCACUUGGUACGACAACAAGCAAGGAAUUUAACUACACAGUGGAGUUUUCGCAUCGCAAAGUGGGUGGAGGAAUCUUGAAACAACAGGAAAUUAUAAGUCAGAAUAACGUAUCCUGUGAGAUCGAGUCGAGGAAGCUCGAACAGAGUAAAAAGUUGGAUCCUGUAUGCGAAGACCCCAUGUCAAAGAUCGAGUCUUCGUUCAGAAUAGAAAUAAGUGAGAAUGAAAUGAAACAGAGACAAGAAUUGGCAUUACCGUAUAUGAUUAAUACAAACGCAGUGAACACAUCUAAAAUCCACUAUCAUCCAGAGGAUAUAGAUGAUUUCGAUGAAGAAGAUCCGGACGAUGAUUUAAACAAAAUACAGAUGUUCUACUGUAUAAAACCAAUACUGCGCACAAUACUAAUAUUUAAAACAUUUAAAAAUAAAAUAUUUAAAAAUAAAACAUUAAAUAUUAGGCUUUGGCAUUUGAUUCAGUUAGUCAUACCAUUAUUGUUUCAUUUUGUUUUUUUGUUUGCACCAUAAAGUUAUGUUAGUCAUAACCACAGAUGACAAAUAAAACACAGCCAAAUAUAUGACAAAGAAUAUAACAUUACAAUUCUAUAGAAUAGAUUUUAAAUAAUAUUUUCAUAAUAGCAUAACAAAAAAUAUCUUACGUAUCAACCAAAAAAGAUAUUAAAAAAAUUGUCUUGAAUAAAAUUAUUUUGAUAUUUAUAAUAUGUAUAGAUAAUUAUAAUAUAUCUAUAUAGAUAAUUAUAAUAUAUUAAAUAAAUAGGAUAAUGUAUCUAUAUAGAUAAUUAUAAUAUAUUAAAUAAAUAGGAUAAUAUAUCUAUACAGAUAAUUAUAAUAUAUUAAAUAAAUAGGAUUGUCAGAUCACAAAAUUCUAAAACGUUAAUAUUUGACAACACAGUUGACAAAAAUUGCAAAAAUAAUCCUUUU